GUGACAGAACUAUAUGGAGAUCCGCCCCCUGGCAUUGAUCUUGCGGCCAACCAGGAGAUCCUUGACGACUCGGUCGUAGCAGUGCUUGCCAUCCUCGCUACAUUUGCGGUCGCUUUCCGUAUCGUCGUCAAAAAGAGAAAGCGCGACCAAUUGCAAGGUGAUGAUUGGUUCAUCUUGAUUGCUCUGCUUGGAGAGUACGGCACAUCUGCCUGCACACUCACCAGUAAUUAUUUCGGAGCGGGAAGACGCAUCUGGGCUACCGACACACCAUCACUGCGCAAGAUGUCCAUUGCAUUGUUCAUCUAUCCGUGGAUCUACGUUGUCGCGACGGUCUGCCUCAAGCUCUCAUUCUUAUGGACGUACAUGCGCAUAUUCUCACCCGGUACGAUACGCAGCACGAUAAGAUGCAGAACGCUGUUCGAUCGGUGCCUAGUCGCCUGCGCGCUUGCGUCUUUCUUGUAUGCCUUUUCUGUCUGGUUACCAAUGACGGUCGCCUGUCGACCCUUGAGCUAUUUCUGGGAUCAGUACACCGGUGCAAGAGGCGGAAAAUGUAUGGACUACCUGUCGAUGUGGAUAAUCACCGGUAUCUGUAGCGCAGCCCUCGACUUGGUAAUCUUGCUCCUGCCGAUUCCGAGGGUCUGGUCGCUACAAAUGUCUUGGACAAGGAAGCUAGGUGUGAUGGGCAUCUUGGCUUUAGGCACAUUCGCUGUGAUUGCAGUAAUUAUCCGAUUGGUUUACAUGUCUCGAAUGAUACGCGAAACCGACAUCAUGUGGGCUCUGGGACCUGCUCAGAUCUGGACAUCGCUUGAGCCAUCGUCGGGUAUCGUGUCUGCAUGCUUAAUCACAACAUUCCAUCCCAUAUUGAGAAGCAUUCGA